UGCAUAUUUUCGGUCGUGUCACUGUCAGCUUAGCUCCACAUCUAGCGAAAAUGAGUGUAGAAAGUGAAAAGAAUGAACUCUCCAACGUUGACAAGUCAAGUAUUAUGAGCCAUGAAGGAAAUACAAAGUGGCUUGAUGCUCACAAUGACCCUGUUGCAAGCCUAUAUACCUUCUCAUCAUGUAUGGCCUUUUCGGACAUAUCUGGGGAUGGAGAAGCAAAGCUCGUCAUCGCCGACCUUGGAACAGGAACUUUUGACAUGAAGCUUAAGGUUUACAAAGGAACUACCCUGAUAAGUGAGAAUGCUAUCAUUGAUCUACCAACAGGUGUCUGUACAUUCUACAUGGAUAACAAUGAACCUAGAGUACCAGCUAUUGGUGUAGCAUCAGGUCCAUACUUGUACGUCUACAAGAAUCUGAGGCCUUAUUUCAAGUUUACUCUCCCUCCUCUCGAUGUGAACCCAGUUGAACAAGACUUAUGGAAUCAGGCUAGAGAAGAUAAAAUUGAUGUCACUGUCCUGAGGGAAAUGCUAGAUAGCAUAAGACGAGAAGGAAAUGAGGGAGCCCUAACCGUUAGAUCUCUCAAGUUUUUAAUGUUACAAGACAGGGAACAGAUGGAAUCAUUUGCUAAUUUACAUAAAGUAGGCCAGCUUAAAAGACAGACUGUAAUAACCUGUCUUGAUACAUUGCAUAAGAGCACAUCUGAUGAUGAUGCCAUCAGUUGUUUAGUAGUUGGAACGGAGAGUAGAGAGAUCUAUGUCUUAGACCCAGAGGCUUUCACCAUUCUUACAAAGAUGGCUGUUCCAAGUGUUCCAGUAUUUCUGAGUGUAUCAGGGCUGUAUGAUGUAGAGUUUAGAAUCAUUAUGUCAUGUAGGAAUGGAAAUGUUUAUACACUCAAGAGAGGGAUGAAGAUGGCCAAACUUUGCUUUGAGUUGAAUUCACAACCCGUUGGUCUACAGAGGGUUGGUAAAAACAUCAUAGUUGGCUGCAUGGAUCAGACAUUACAGUGUUACACUACAAAGGGUAAGAAGCUAUGGACAGUAUACCUACCUGCUGCUAUUACUACAAUGGAUCUAAUGGAUCAUAGACAGAAGGGAUUUAAAGCAGUCAUGGUUGCUCUCAGGAAUGGUGAAGUUCACAUCUACAGGGAUAAGUUCCUCAUUAACUCUAUCAAAACAGAGGACAUCAUCACUGGUCUAAAGUUUGGUAGGUUUGGUCGUGAGGAUAGCACCCUUGUAAUGAGUACCAAGCGAGGGGGUCUUAUUGUCAAGAUCCUCAAGAGAAAUGCAGCCUUUGAAGAUAAAGACAUGGUUAGAGGACCUCCGGCUUCACAGCAACAGAAGCUUAAUGUUCCCAAGAAAACCAAGGUCUUUGUAGAUCAGACUAUGAGAGAGAGGGAACAUGGUGUCUCUAUGCAUCGGAUGUUCCAGCAUGACCUGUAUAGGUUACGGCUCACUACAGCUAGAGCGUUUGUGAAGGCCCUAGAUUCAAGCCUCACACCAGUCUCUAAUAACCUCAAUGAACCCAUCAAGCUCUCAGCUCAUGUCCAUGGUAUAGGACCAACAUUCAAGUUGACUGUGAGUUUACAGAACACAUCCUUAAGCAAACCAUCUUUAGGUCUACUUAUCAGCUUCCUGUAUGAUGAGAAGCUGUACUCUCUACAGAAGACCAUGAUCCCAGUACCUAUCCUUGUUCCUGGUCUGAACUACACCUAUGAGACACUGGUAGAAUGCAUGAGUGAUAAAGGAAUAGCUGAUGUUAUAAAGGUAUUUGUUGUUAAAGAAGGCAGAAGUACACCUAUCAUCACAGCAGUUAUCAACAUGCCAGUCAGUGAGACCAUGGUUGUUGUUUGAAGCUCCCGGAAUGAGCCCUUUGACUACUGAGUUCUGUCAUUCCCAUAGGCUUGUAUAUGGACCAUUCUGUUCUAGUAGACCAUGGGUUAACCUGUUGACUACUGAUUUUCUAUGAAUCACUUAGGCUUGGAUAUGGACCAUUCUGUUCCAGUAGACCAUAGGUUAACCUGUUGACUACUGAUUUUCUGUGAAACCCAUAGGCUUGUAUAUGGACCAUUCUGUACUAGUAGACCAUGGGUUAACCUGUUGACUACUGAUUUUCUGUGAAUCACUUAGGCUUGUAUAUGGACCAUUCUGUUCCAGUAGACCAUAGGUUAACCUGUUGACUACUGAUUUUCUGUGAAUCACUUAGGCUUGUAUAUGGACCAUUCUGUUCCAGUAGACCAUAGGUUAACCGGUUGACUACUGAUUUUCCGUGAAUCCCAUAGGCUUGUAUAUGGACCAUACUGUUCCAGUAGUUAAAUGGUUAAGAUAGAAUGCCAGAGCCUGAUAAUAGAAAAAGGCAGAAAAUGAUAUUCUUGUAAAAGUUGGGUUUUGUCCUUCUUUGCACACCCAGUAUAUCAAUGACAAAUGAGUGACAGUCAAAAAAAUGAUGACAGUGAACCAAAAAAGAUCCAAUCCCUUAUGGCUGUUUGAGGGCAAUGACAUAAAAUAAUCAUCUGUUUAUUACAUCUAAUCCCAUGUUCCUCUAUUCUUACAAUAUUUCAUGAGCUACCCAAGUCAUAAUCUUUGGAGAGCAUUAUAACCUUGCAUAAAAAUAAAAAUAAAAACAAAUGGUUUCAGGAAGGUUCAAUUUAUAUUGGUAGAAUUGGCAUUGAAAUAAAGAAAGUAGAAUUUAUCAUUUGUUUAAAAGCCUUGCCAGACCAGAUUGUAUCAUAUCUUUUGUGCUUUAUCAUAUUUUGAAGAAUGUCCAACUAUCUGAAAUAUGGACAUUGAGAAAUCAUGUGAGGUAUGUUUACUGAAUAUUCAAUCAGGGUCUGUGUAUCAAGAUAGUCUGUGGUUGGAAACCAAGUUAAUUAUCUAGUGCCUUUGGUAUCAUCAUGACAAGUGCUAGAUCUAGCUGGAUUAGAUACAUUACAUCAAUUGUCAAAUUGUUUUAUGCACAAUGGUUGACCAGUCCUCAGUGUUUGUCUGAUCCCGAUAGAUUGCUAAUGAUCACAUUCUUCUGAACCUAGGUAAAACUUCCGCAAUGAAUUUAAGAUAUCAGUGAAAUCUUGGUGUGAUGAAAAUGUUUUUUUCUUCAGUGUGUCGCUAACUAUGUUUUAUAGAUAGAAUGAUUUUUUUAAAGACAUCUGAUAGCAGGUUUAACUUAAACUCAGUUUUAAAGUUGUGAUUAAAGUAUGGGAAGCCAAAAGUAUCAAAAUUUUUAUUAAGUUCUAUGUUUCUUAUGUUUACUUUGCUCUUUCCUGAUUCAUCGAUGGUGAAGACAAUCAUCUAUUUAUACUUCCUAGACAAUUAUGAAUGAUUUGAGAGCCAAAUGAGCUCAAGUAUGAUAUCUCUACUGUUAGUGAUUUAUGUAACAAUUGGCUGUCCAUACUUAAACCACAACUUUAAACCUGGGUUUAAGCUAAACCUGCUAUCAGAAUACGGGCCAUAGUAAUUACUAAUUUUUUAAUGCAUUUUUCAAUGUCUCUUCAGGCUUUAUUAGAUACAUGUAUUAUUACCCUGGUCAAUGGUAUGUAUACAAAAGUACAAAAUUCUUUACAGAGUUUCUGUUUGACAAUGUUAAAUGCUUAAUUUUGGUGUCUUAAUAAGCAUGGGUAAAACCUGCUUUCAGGAGUGGGAAUGAAAAAAAUGUCACUGUUUAACAGACAUAUAUUCUGUCUUCAUCCAUGCAUGAUUGUUUGUCUUUGGUUGUGGACAGUGGCACAUUAAAAACAAAAUAUCUUGAUGUAUGUCUUUUCAAGCAACUUUUGUCUGUUUGCUUCAACUUUAAACUUGGAGAAGCAUUUACAGGUUAUAUUUAUCCGUCCAUUCUUUAAAUGCAUUAUAUGAUACCUUUGCCUUGUCUGGGAAUGAGUAGAUAAUCAUUGUUAAAUGAAUACAUUCAUGAAGUGAUUAGUGCCAGUGUGCAUAAUGACUGGUUACCUGUUUGGGGUGAUAAAUCAGAUUCUUAGUCAUUUUAUUCCUAUUCAGCUAAAUUCUGGUAAUUUCAGAUUGAUUUUUUUUUUUAUAAUUGAAUUCAAAUUUUAUUAUUGGUCAAAAUUAUAUUGUUGCAAAUUCACUCCCAGUAGAUUGGAAAAAAUGAGGUAUUUGGCUUAAUAUCAUGCCUAACUUUUGGACAGGUUUAUUAAACCUUGUCCCAUGGUUUUAACAUGGAGACAUAUUUAAUUGAUAUUCAUAAUUCAAUUUGUAAACAAGGAUUGUUAUAGGCUUGAAAUUGAGUUUGAUUUUGCAAUUAAUUGUAUCUUUUAGUUUACAAGGCCUAUUUUUUUUUUCAUACAUUAAUUUCCACUGUGACCCUAUGGAAUUGAUAAUGAAUUUGGUUCUAAUAUGCAAAGAUAUUGGAGAAUUGUGCUUUGAAGUUGUGAUGGAGAUAUUUCACCUUGAAAUUUUAUUGCAAUGUUGUUAUGUACUAAUGAAUUUUUAUUUUUUGGAAGUCUUGCUUUGCUCAUGAAUUGUACAUCAUCAUUUUGAGUAGUUUGUGAAGACUUUGGUAUUCAAAUAGAAAAUAUUCAAAUCAGUUAUGACUUGAUUUUUUUUUCUCCCUGCCUCUGUUCAUAUUGAAAGAGUACUUUCUGAAUAUUUUUCACAUGAAUAUAUUCCAUGGUAUUUCUUUGCAGCAUAACUUAUUGCUAUAAAUGUUCUAUUCUAACUUAAUAUGUAAAUAUAUAUAUUUCAACUUUACAAUGUAUAUAUUGAUUGUUUAAUAUAGUAUUCAUUCAUAGAGAUUAAAAUUUUAUGUCUGAACUCA